AUGGUUUUACUAGAGGCAGCUGCUGUGCUAUUGGCAGUGUCUUCGGUUUCUGCCUGGCCUACUACCUCCCCAUAUACUAAUGUCAAGACAAGAGCAGAGCAGAUUGAAGCCGAAUAUGAUUAUGUCAUUAUUGGCGGCGGAACUUCUGGCUUGACGGUUGGUGAUCGACUCUCCGAGAAUGGCAAAUACUCUGUUCUCGCGAUUGAAUAUGGCUAUUUCGAUACUCAAACUGGCAUGAACCCAAAGCGCAUGUUUAACAUCACAUCUAAGCCCCAACCCGGCCUCAAUGACCGCACAUUCCCCGUUGGCAUUGGCUGCGUUGUGGGCGGCAGCUCCUGUGUCAAUGGUCAGGUAUUCCUUCGUGGCACGAAGGAAGAGUAUAAUGCUUGGGAAACUCUAGGUGGUGGAAAUUCCACCUGGAACUGGGAAGGGCUACUGCCAUACUUUAAGAAGGGUAUUACGUUGUCCCCGCCUGAACCAGUCCAGGCGAAAAACUACAAUAUCACCUACGACAUGGCGUAUUGGGGCACCACCUCCAAAAUCUUCGGUACAUUCGGGACAAAUUAUCUACAGCCAUACAUCAAGGUCCUCUACAACGCAAUGAAGAACAUGCCAGGCAUAGCCGUCCCAGUCGACAGCGGUGCUGGUGAACCAGGUCUUUAUUGGUACCCGAUUUCUCAAGACCCAAUAAAAUACGAACGAUCAUAUGCUAGAAGCGGUCACUGGGACGAUCUUAACCGGGGAAAUUAUGAGAUGCUUGUAGGCGCAAAAGUCACUAAUAUCUUAUUCGACGGCACCACUGCCACUGGUGUGACAUUUACCUCAAGAAACUCCUCUGACACACCGCCAGCCCAAGUGAAAGCCAGACGUCAGGUUAUCCUUGCUGCUGGUGCAGUUCAUACACCACAAAUACUCAUGAGGAGUGGUAUUGGCCCAUCCCCGCUCCUGAAGGACGCCGAUAUUCCUGUCUUGGUCGAUCUCCCUGGUGUUGGAUCCAACUUUCAAGAUCACAGCUAUAUUAGGAAUAUUGCGUAUUCAUGGGGUACAACACCCACUGACAGCGACCUCGAUCUUGAACUGUUCAACAAACCUCGGGAUAUAAUUGCUGCUCGUGCCCCUGGUGGUGGUGCCCCAUCUCUUGCGGCUAUGAUCGGUCUUCCGGUGGUCACACCUGACAAGUAUGAGGCCCUUGCCCAGGCAUAUGAAUCGCAAGACCCUGCGGCGUAUCUGCCCAGCAACUACGAAGAGACCCAGAUUGAGGGUUACAAGCAGCAGCAAAAGGUCUGGGCUAAGCUGAUGCGCUCCACCAAUCCAGUCUUCCUCGAGAUAAUGUUGCACGGUCCUGGAGGUGCCAUUCAGAAUUUGCACUGCAUGUCCCGUGGUACCAUUCUUAUGGACCCCAAGGACCCGGAUGGCGAGAUGCAGGUCGACUAUCGUGCCGCGUCUAACCCCGUAGAUGUUGAUGUUAUGGUCGAGAUGAUAAAAUUUAUGCGUCGCUACAUGACAACCGGCGAUCUUGCCCAGUAUGAGGCAAAGGAGAGCCUUCCCGGCUCGAAUAUCAUUACAGAUUCUGAGCUCGCAGCCUGGGCCAAGGAACAGAUCAUUCCGUCCGUCUAUCAUCCCAUUGGUACCGCGGCCAAGAUGCCCCGUGAAUGGGGUGGAGUUGUCGAUGAAGACUUGCAGGUCUAUGGCACCACGAACUUGACUAUCAUUGAUGCCAGUAUCAUGCCAACUAUUGUUGGUGCUACGACCUCUAUGACCGUUUAUGCCGUGGCUGAGAAGGCUGCAGAUAUCAUCAAGGCCCGUACUGGGUGGGAUUGA